AUGUUGCAGCGGACGGCGCUGGCGCAGCUGCUGCUCGCGCAGCAGGCGGCGGGCGCACAGCGCGCACAGGCGGCAGGGUGGCCCGGCCCCCAGGCCGGAGCGCUCAGGCCCGGCGCUGGCGUGAGCGCGGGCCAGCUGUUGCCCACAGCAGGCGUGACUGCAGCCGCGCUGCUCGCGGGCAUUCAGCAGCAGCAGCAGCAGCAGCAGCAGCAGCAGUCGCAGCAGCUGCUGCUGCCACAGCACCAGGUGCUGGCACAGCAGCAGCAGCAACAUCAGCAGCACCAGCAGCAGCAGCUUGCGCAACUCGCGGCGGCUGCGGCGCCAUCGGGCGUCGUGGCGGCGGCGGCGGCGGCGCAGCCGCUGCCGGUCGAGGCGUUUAUAGCCCCCCCGAUCCCCAUCAUCUUGCCGGAGGAGCCACCAGCAGCGGCCGCGGCACUAGCCGACGACGCGGGCGCUGCCGCAGACCCCACAGACCCCGGGGACGGUGCCCAGCAGCGCGAGCAGCAGCAGCAGCAGCAGCAGCAGGCGCAGGCGCAGGCGCUGGCGCUGGCGCAGCAGGCAGAGCAGCUCGGCCCGGGCCCGCCUGCAAAGCCGACGGCCGAGGUGCCGAUCGCGCUGCCGGUCGCGGUCGCGGACGCCCCAGCGCGCGACCAAGGGGGAAUGUGA